GACAUACCACAUGUUAGCCAAGUAAGGUCACAAAUAUGCUAGUAGUAUGUGCUAGUAGAUCAGACUAGAUAAUCAUGAAUUUGAAAAAAAAAAAUAUUUCGUCAUAUAAUUUGUACAUAAUGCUACUUCCAUAGUUUGCUUUAUUGGCACUCGAAAGGUGUUAGCUAUAGUAAUGAGAAAGUACUUUUUGGAGGGGGGCUAUACCUGUCCUUGAGAGAUGACCAUGGUCACUGGUAUGUAGUAAGUGGGUGGUCAGUCAUUUGAUAAUACGGCUUUGGAUACUUUGACUUGACUCCAUUCUUGAGAUUCUAUCAUUCUUAUGUUAGUGCCUUUUGACAGUAUCACAAAUCCGUGUUCAUUCCUAGAUCCGUCAUUUCUUCCGGACAAUUGACCAUGGAUUAUCACACGGGGUUAGCGACAGUCACAGCGGUCGUCAUUGCGGCAACUGCUUGUUUCGUAGCCCGUCGGCUUGCAGCACGGAGGCCAUUGUGGCCAAAGGUUAAACAGCCUCGGGCCUAUAAACAAAGGGUGGCGCCAAGACAGAAGAACGGCAAGUAUCAACUCAACUCUCUCGAUGACUUUACUCCAGUGGGAGAAAAGGAGCUGGUACAUGACGUACCAGCCUUCUUCACCGGCCCUGGGACCGAGUUUUCUGUGUACAGUGUAGACUGGGUACAAGAAUCUGUAGUACUCAUUCGACCAGUGGACGGCACGGACCUGAAGAAGCACCCCUUCUUCCGUGAAGCUCAGAGGCGAAACGCGGCAGAAGUUCUUUUAAUCCCAAUCGAGCAACUACAGACUGUAGUAGACGUCAUCUCUGACAGGAUUGCGCAUGUGCAGGAGGUCUUUGUAUACAACACAACUCGAUGCGGCUCCACCCUCCUCGCCCGAGCGGUCCAAGCCACAUCAGUUGCACAAGCGGUCAGUGAACCCCAAGCACUUGACUCCAUCUACCACAGACUCAUCAUGUCAAGGCGUCGGUGUGUGGAUCUGCAGUCUGGGCUCAUUCCUGCAAUUCUGCAGAACGACGACACUAUUGUGGCGCUGCUUAGAAACGUCGUCUCAUUGUUGAACUACUACCUGGUCACAUCAGACCGUCGACAUCGCAGUGUCAUUUUCUACAAGCUACAGGGCCGAGCAGUCCUGGUCGCCGACCUGAUGCACCGUGCAUUUCCCGCCGCCAAAACAGUGUUUCUGUACAGAGAUGGCAUGCAGACUUAUGAAUCUUGGGUACGGGUUAUGGUCAAGCACCAGAUCGCCUACAAGGCUCUCAGGCUUGCUGUCAGGUCUGGGUUGGGGAGGUGGGCGCCAGGACUUCCCGAUAACUUCACAUUUUUCGGAGACGACCCUAUGUUCUCUAAAGUCCGCCAUCGCGGCUCGUAUUUGCACUACGUCGUGACGAGAUGGAUAUGUGCGAUGCAGUGUGCCGCAGAGUUACAGAGGGAGAACCCUGGGUACUUCUUUCACACUGUCAUCUACUAUACAGCCCUGGCAAGGGAUGAAGAGAAAACCAUCCGGCUGAUGAUGAAGGAACUUGGGAUAGAAUUGAAAGAGGACGACUGGGAAGAAGAAAGGAAGAGAAUCAAAAGCGUCUUCGUGAAAGACAGCCAGGCGGGGACAUUCUUAUCUCCCAGAACAAGCGCACCUGGCGAGAAAUGGUCGUCCUACACCUCAUCUCCUUGGACAGGGGAAUGGGAACGAGAAUACCAUUCUCACGUCUGUAGAGAAGCUGGGAACGAGGCCGUCAGUCCCGAUUUCCUCCUGCCAAACACCAUGAUUUGAAUGUCUGCCGUUAAGAGUACAGCUAAACUGUCUGUGGGACCAGCGGAUAUGACCAUUGUCAAAUGUGACGAUUGUCUUUAAUGAGAAGAAUGGCAGUUAGAAUAUGCGCCUUUGAUCCAACAAAAUCAAACGAACAAACGAACGAACGAACAAACAACGGUCUAGGCAUGGAAUUCAAAGGAAAGACCACUGAUCUUUCGUUGUAGGUUAACCAAUGAGAUUAUAUCUAAGCCCCUGGUUUAUGAGCUUUAUCAGGUUUUGUUUUCCCUUGUAAUAUACUAACUAUUUCCGCCAGGAGAGAAAUCUGCUUGUGGAGUUAGUCAUUGUGUAGUGGAUUAAUUAAUUAGUCAUUAAUUGUGGAUUGCUGCACAAUAGAUGCUAGUAAUCUCUAAGCAGAUGUGACGAUGCGGCUCCUCUUUAGUAUUUCGUGCCUGUUUUUGCAAUACUAAAAUAGUAAAUGUUGCAAAAAGAGGCGUAAAACAAUGAAUUUGAGCCUCAUCCUUACAUCUGCAUGCAGCAUACAUAGAAAGACUAGGGUGCACUGUGUUGUAGUGGAGAUACAAACUACUUGUAUGUUCCCUCUUCAUACAAUGUAUUGAUAUGAUACCGAUAAAUUUACAUAUAGAUAGACUCUCCAAAAUAAAACCUAUCUGUUCCGAAGUUACAUUUACACCAUUGCCGAGGUGAAGCCGAAUGCACAUAUGUAGGUUAACGUACAUGUAUGUAAGUCGGUGACUAUGUGAAAAGCUUAAGGUAUUGUUUUUAUAUGACAGCUAGAUUUGAAAUAUAUAACCUGUAGUACCAGCAGGUUUGUGGCUGAUGCAAGACUUCUUUGUUUACUCAGACCAAUUAACAUAAUAAAUGGGACGGAUGUGCUCCAACAAGGGUCACUGAACUCAAACUGGGUUUAUAUAUCUCAAUAAAA